UGCCGUAAAUGGUCGGUGAUUUGACUCUGUUUUCUUAUUAAUUUAUGGCUUUCAGCGCUGGCAAAAUUUGCAACUCUAUCAACGUUUACUAUUCAUUAUUGGGCGGGCAAAUGCAUAUAUUUCUGUUUGUUUAGCUUAAAUCUAGGUUUGUCUGGAGCAGGACAAUUUCAAGUGUCCUGCCUAGAAUCUUUGGUCAGAGUGCAAGGUUUAAAACAAAAUUUUGGAAUAUCUAAUCUGGGAUGAAGGGCGGAGGAGAUUACCCUGAUCUGCAGAAGACUACUUUCGACGUGUUAGGUUUAUGUUGCCCUGCUGAGGUGUCUCUCAUCGAAAAACUUCUGAAUCCUCUGGAGGGAAUAGAACGGGUGUCUUUAAAUCUUUCUUUGAAAACAGUAACAGUUCUGCACAACCCAUGUUUGAUAUCUUCAGCACAGAUAGCUAAGGCUCUGAACAAGGAAAGGCUAGAUGCAAGCAUUCAAGUAUCUGGGCAAAUAAAAAGCGGUGAAAAAUGGCCCAGUCCCUACACUCUGGCUUCUGGUGUUUUGCUUGGAAUAUCUUUCUUCAAGUAUUUCUACAGCCCUUUAAAAUGGGCGGCUUUAGGAGCCGUAGCUGUGGGCCUUCCACCAAUAGUACUGAAGAGCGUUGCGGCUCUCCGGAGUUUUGUAUUGGAUAUCAAUGUGCUUAUGUUUAUUGCAGUGGCCGGUUCCAUCGGUUUGGGAGAAUUAUCAGAAGCCGGCUCUAUUGUUUUUACGUUCACCCUGGCGGAGUGGCUAGAGUCUAGAUCUAGUGAUAAGGCGCGAGCAGCCAGAGGAUCUGUUAUGAACUUAGUUCCCCAAACAGCCGUUAUAGAAGAAAGUGGCCAGAAAGUCUCUGUUCAGGAUGUGGAAAUAAACACUGUGAUCGCUGUGAGGGAAGGAGAGAUUAUACCCAUAGAUGGGACUGUCAUGUCAGGGAGGAGCUCGGUAGAUGAAAGCAGUUUAACAGGGGAAUCCCUGCCUGUGGAGAAAGAAUCCGGGGCAAAUGUCUGGGCCGGUACCACGAAUCUUACAGGCUACCUGAGCGUAAAAACUGUGGCAUUAGCAUCAGAGUCUGCAGUGUCGAGAAUGAUAAAACUUGUGGAAGAUGCGCAGAACCAACGGUCUCGUACAGAUCAAUUCGUACAACAUUUUGCAAAGUACUAUACACCAGCUGUGGUGUUGAUGGCUGCAGGAAUAUCAGCGGCAGCACUCAUUCAUGGCCAAAAUGAACACCAUUGGCUGUACUUAUCUUUGGUGCUCCUGGUGACUGCUUGUCCCUGCUCAUUGGUCAUAUCAACUCCAGUUGCUACAGCUUGUGGUUUGGCAAAAGCUGCCAGAAUGGGCCUCCUAAUCAAAGGUGGAAACUAUCUGGAAGCCUUGGGAAGGCUAGAAGCAAUAGCUUUUGAUAAAACUGGAACAUUAACACAAGGAGAAUUCAGUGUGGUAGACAUGCAUGUCCUAGAUGACAGCAUAGACAGACAUAAGAUACUUCACUGGAUGUCAAGUCUUGAAUCCAAAUCAAGCCAUCCAAUGUCAGCUGCUGUUGUAGCCUAUUGUCGUGAACAAAAUAUUGAACCAUCAGCAGCUGUCACAGAAUUUCAGUCGCUCGAAGGAGAAGGAAUCUUCGGUAUUAUUGAUGAGCAUAGAAUUCAUAUCGGCAAUGCUCGAUUAUCCACUCGGCUAAAAUGGGUUCAAGAUGUAUCAAAUUCAUGGCAUACCCGAGGACCAACUGUGGGAUAUAUGGGUGUAAAUGAGAGACUUGUAAUAAUCUUUAGUGUUGCUGAUAAAGUCCGCGUUGAAGCAGCUGAAGCUGUAAAAGAUCUCAAGAACUUAGGAAUCCAAUUGUCUAUGCUCACCGGGGAUACCGCUGCUGCAGCUGAAAUCAUUCAAAGACAGGUGGGUGAGAUUACAGUCUAUUCACAGCUACUCCCAGAAGACAAGGUAAAGAUAAUCGAAGAGCUAAAAGAGAAGGGCAUUACUGCAAUGGUGGGAGAUGGAAUUAACGACGCACCAGCUUUGGCUGCAGCAGAUGUGGGAAUAGCUAUGGGUGUGGCAGGUUCUGCUGUCGCCAUGGAAACAUCUGACAUAGCUCUCAUGUCCAAUGACAUUAGGAAAAUUGCCCAAGCAGUCAAACUGGGGAGAAAGUCUCUAGAAAAAAUAUACUUGAAUGUUGCUAUCUCCAUAAUUGCAAAGGCUGCUAUAUUUGGUCUUGCUUUCACAGGACAUGCCCCGUUGUGGGUGGCAGUGGUUGCAGACAUGGGAACUUGCUUGGUUGUAACAUUCAAUAGCAUGCUUCUCUUGGGUACCCAGAAAUUUGAUAGUGAAAAUAGCACAGACCAAAUUUCUGAUGAUAGAAAUAGCAGAAACCAAAUUUCUAAGAAUGAUUUACCUGCAGCAAACACGUCGAGUGGAUGUCGUUGUUGCAAGAAUCAAAUUCGUAGUGGAGAAAGUGAUGAGAUUGUUGUUGAAGUUAGAACACCAUUGCUGGAACAAAAUCAAUGCAACAAGGAAUGCUAAUUGAUUUUGAUGAUAAAUAGUAUUGAAAGAUUUAUCUUUGCUUUAUUUAGAGGAUAAAUAUAUUAUGUCUUACAUCU